AACAACACCUUAAAAAAGCAUGAGAUUAUGGCGGGAACAAGAAGGGAGGGAUAUAGAUUCUAUUGUAGAGCAGGUAGAGAGUGAAGACCUCUUCUGUUAAGCUUGCAUAGAGACCAUUGAUAUGGCAUCUGAAGGUCAAAUUCCAGAAUGGGCUUCAACGCCUUGCAUAAUGGGAAUCGACGAAGCUGGUCGCGGCCCUGUUUUAGGGCCGAUGGUCUAUGGAUGCUUGUAUUGUCCGCUUUCAUACAAGAAAACUCUUUCCACCUUGGAAUUUGCAGAUUCAAAGACUUUGAAAGAAGAGAAAAGAGAGGAGUUAUUUGGAAGUUUGAAGUCUGAUGAAACAAUUGGUUGGGCUGUUGAUGUCAUAGAUCCUAGGGAGCUCUCAGCUAAAAUGUUGCAGAAAAAUAAGAUCAACUUGAACGAGAUAUCACAUGAGUCUGCCAUGGGCCUUGUCAAGAGGGUGCUGGACGUGGGGUAUCUUCUAACUGAGGUUUAUGUUGAUACGGUAGGAGAUCCCGAUAAGUACAGAAUUAAGCUCUCAGAGAGAUUCCCGUCUAUUCAGUUUGUGGUUGCGAAGAAAGCUGAUAGUCUAUAUCCAGUUGUUAGUGGAGCAAGUAUAGUCGCUAAGGUCACAAGGGACCGAGCAUUGCAAAAUUGGAACUUUGAUGAAACUGCCGAAAACAUGCAUAGAAACUUUGGAUCUGGAUAUCCUGGAGAUCCCAGCACUAAGGAUUGGUUAGAUCAUCACAAACAUUUGGUAUUUGGCUUCCCGUCAUUGGUUCGCUUCAGUUGGGGCACAUGUAAAUUUUACUUCAAAGAUGGUGUUGAAGUGUUAUGGGAAGCAGAUGAAGCCGAUGAAGAUCAGUCCUCUGGUAAGACAGGCAAGCGGCAGUUGAAGCUGAGCAAUCUAGGUUUCACAGGGGGAAAGAGGAAAACUGAAGAUAUUGAAUCUAGUGGAAAAGGUCGAUGCAAGUUUUUUCAAUCGCGUAAACUUGAGCAGCUUUCACGUUUCUAACAACAAAGCUUUAGGUAUUGUUUUCUAUUUAUCAUGUUAACUUGAACUUUCUGUGUAUGAAUCAAGAUCGAUGAACACGUAAAAGAAUCGAGAACAUAAUAGGAUUAUUUAGCAAUCUGUUACUGAAAUUUUCACCUGCUUCCAGAUUUUGGUUGGUUC